GGAGAGGGCUCCACAGGAAUUUCCCGAGCCCAGGCAGUGACAACGGUGUAACCGGUCCCAGUACGUCAGAGGAAACGAGGGUAUUGAUGGAAACGAACGAAAUCCGUGGUUCCGUGGCAUUAUCGUAAAUAUGGCCAAUCUGGUGGUUCUAAAGCCCGCAGGGGUACUGUCUUUUCCGAGAUUGUUCGAUUGUUUUUCCCGUCCAGCAGGCCUCUUACCAGGCUCCGCGCUGUCUCCGGCAUCUUUCUCCGUCUGAAUUCAGUCUUCAAUCUCCUUCUGGUACGCGCUGCUCUUGAUCUUUUUUGUUCCAUUUCUGGACGCUUGUUCCGAGUCAUCUGAUUACGCCGGUCUAGAGAGUUCGUAGAGAUCCCGGAACCAUGAGUCAGGUAUUCGAGGGAUACGAGCGUCAAUACUGCGAGCUUUCUGCGAAUCUAUCACGAAGGUGCACGGCGGCUGGUAUUCUUGAUGGAGAGCAGAAGAAGCAGAAAAUUUCUGAGAUAAAAGCUGGUUUGGAUGAUGCUGAGGCUUUGAUUCGUAAAAUGGAUCUUGAAGCAAGGAGCUUGCAGCCAAGUGUGAAGGCUAUGCUUCUUGCUAAGCUAAGAGAAUACAAAACGGAUAUGAACAAUUUGAAGAGUGAAGUUAAAAGGAUCACAUCAGCAAAUGCUAAUCAGGCAGCCCGGGAUGAGCUGUUGGAGUCAGGAAUGGCUGAUACAAUGGUGGCAUCAGCUGAUCAAAGAGGGAGACUGUUGAUGUCAACGGAUAGACUGAACAAUGCCAGUGGUAGAAUUAAGGAGAGCAGAAGAACAAUGCUGGAAACUGAAGAGCUCGGUGUCUCAAUACUUCAAGAUUUGCAUCAGCAGCGGCAGUCUCUCCUGCAUGCCCAUAACACACUUCAUGGGGUGGAUGACAAUAUUGGGAAGAGCAAGAAGAUCUUGACUGCAAUGUCAAGAAGGAUGAGCAGGAACAAAUGGAUUAUCAGCUCCGUCAUUGCAGCACUAGUUCUUGCAAUCAUCUUGAUCCUUUAUUUUAAGCUGGCUCAUUAGCCUUUUGGUGUGGACAUUCUGUAAGUCUCCAAUUUCAUUAUUUGCAUGUGCUGUUGGGCAUCAUUUUUCACUGAAGGAUUGCAGUAUCAGUAGUUCCCUGGUCUCAGGUCUCACUUCUUUGGUGAAAAUGAGCAAUUUGGUUGCUUUGUAUGGGAAAUCCCUCUUUUGACUUCUCACUGUUCUAGUUUUCCUCUUGGGUUUGGUACAUUGGUCAAUGGAAUGUGUCCAUUUUGCCUUUUUUUUUUGGUUUAUCUGAUAUAGGGGGAGAGAACUUUUUCUUUAUACGGAAGUUUGAUACCAAUCUAAUUAUUGUAAUCUCCAAUUUGUUAAUUUCAAUGGGGUAUGUGAAGUCAACACCCAAAAAGUCAAAUAUUAUUUAU